AUGGGUUCAUGUUAAGGGACAAAUUAAGAUAUACAAUAAGAUUUGAGAAUGAGGGAAAUUAUGACUAAAUUUUAAGUUCCUAUGCCAUAUAUAGAUGAAUAUAGAAUAUUUUAAACAAUGAAAUAAGUAGAAAUGUAAUUAUUGACUCAUACUUAUAGUAUUUAGCAUAAUAAAAUUCCACAUUUUGAUUUAAUAUAUUCGAAAAUGGGAGAUUCAUCAGACAAAAUGAAGAAUUUAGUAAAAAAAUGGAGAACAAAAUAUGAAUUGCAUAAUCAUCCUAAUUUAUUAUCAAUUCAUAAUGUUUCAAUUAUUGAAUCUAUGAAAAUAUUUAUACCUUAUACUGAUAUUAUACUACUAAUGGAUAAACCAAUUCAACCUUUAACAAGACAUAAAAAAGUCAUCAUGAAAUAACCAUUUUCAUAAAAUGAGAUUUUGUUCUUAUUAGAUUGUGUGGUCUCUGGUUUGGCAUUUCAAUAAUAAAAUAAAAUUUAUCCAUCUGGAUUCGAUAUUGAAGACAUUGUAACUGUUAAGACUCCAUUUAACACUGAAAUUUAUAAGUUGGUAGAUAGGUAUUAAAAACCGAUUCGCACAAAUUUGUUUUAAGAGUUUAUUUAGCUUUAUGAUGAUAAAUAAAGUAUAUUUAUUGUUUAUUAACAUAUUAGCUCUGAAUGAAUUGAAAAAAACAGCCUUUUUUUCUCCAGCUCAGAUUGAAGCUAUUCCAAAAAAAGACAAGGUAAUAUAUAUUUUUAUUAAUAGUAUCUCAAACAUAAUAGAUAUAAAUCUGAUGUAUUCAAUUUCGGCCUAAUUUUGAUAUAUUUGAUAUAAGCUAAACAUCCAGAAGUUUAUGACUGGAAGAAAUGGCAAGUAGAUGAUUUUGCUUUGAGAAAGGUUCAAGAUGAUCUUAUAGUAACAAAUUUCGAUGAAAAAUUCUUACGUCUAAUAGAAAUUAUGCUAACAAUAGAAGAAGAUAAAAGACCAGAUUUUAUAGAAUUAGAUAAUAUGGUCAAUAAAUUAUUUUUAGAUCUUUAAAUGCAUCGUUUAUAAGAAAAAUAUUAAUUAAAAGAUUUUUUUAUUGUAUCAUUUGAUAAGCAUUCUGAUAUCAAAAAUGAAAUACUUAGUAAUAAUAUUUAUUAAUCCAAAUAAUCAAAAUAAUCAACUCUUAUAGGGUCAUAAAAUUUGAUAAAAUCAACUUAAUAAUAAACAUAGCAUCUAAGAAAUGAAACUUAAAAAAUUAAAUAGAAUGACAUAAGUCAAGCUUCUAUUAAAGAUUAAUAAAUUUAAACAUAAAACAAAUUCGAUAAUACUAUAACUGUAUCAUAAGGAAAGUUGCAUUAUUCAAAUGGAUUUUAUUACAUAGGUUAAAUUUGUAAUAGAAGAAGACAUGGAAUAGGAACUUACUAUAAUUCUGAUAACCAAAAGAUUUCUGAAGGGAUGUGGGUAUUUGAUGUACCUGAAGGAGAUUUUAUACUUUAUAAUCAACCUAAGUAAGAGAAUGAAAAGAGUCAUAUGAAUUUAUCAAGAAAAGAUUGGGUCCAGUAUAAAGGAUAAAUGAAACAAGGUUAAAAAAAUGGAAUUGGAGUUCUAUAUUUUUCUGAUGGAUCAAAAUUUAUGGGUAAUUUUUCAUGUGAUUAAGCACAUGGGAAAGGUUAAUUUGAAUAUUAAAAUAAAGAAUAAAUUAUUGGAACUUGGUAGCAUGACAUAUUCAAUAGUUGA